UGAUGGGCCCCAGUCCGCGCUAGUCGCCCGUCCUCUUCGCGGGUAGCUCGCGGGUAGCUCGCGACCAGCGGUGCAGUGCGCGAGUGUGCGAGUGAGACAGAGAGUGCGCGUGCCAACCACCCCUUUUCCACCCCUCCCCUGCCCCCCUGCUCCUCGUGGGGUCUGUGUGCGUGUGUGACAGUGUAUGUGUGCUCUGCUGUCAGGCUGUCAGGAAAACUCUCCUGCUGGAUCAGCUGCGGAAGCCCCAUAACCUCUUCCCCAAGCAGAAGAGAAACCAGUAGUUUCACGGACCCACAUAGCAGUGUUGGUGUUUUCAACAAGUCGACACCAUGGCUCCGAAUAUCAGCAAGCUCGGCACCCCCAAGACAGUGUUGGCUGUGUCAUCGGCGGCCGUCACACUCUGGUUAAUUCGUCAGCUGACCAAAUCAACAAAGAGCAGGAAAUUGGAUCGGAAUGAAAUUCAGUAUCUUAUUGGAGAGAAAACUAAGUCAUCUAAAUCAAAGGCUCAGGUUGAUGCAGAAUUCUUUGGCCACCUUAAAAAACUUCUUAAAAUCAUCAUUCCAGGAUGGUUUUCUGCUGAAACCUCAUUUUGCAUCCUUGUUGCUGCAUCUCUUGUGGCUCGAUCCUUUUGCGAUAUAUGGAUGAUUCAAAAUGCAACCCAGGUCGAAACAGCUAUUGUUAGUAUGAAUAAGAAUCGAUUCAAGAGCACAUUAUUAGUUUUUUUUGCUGGUAUGCCUUUGAUUUCUGUUGUCAACAAUACUUUAAAAUGGAGUUUGGGAGAGCUAAAACUGCGCAUGAGGACUCGCAUGACUCAUCAUCUUUAUGAGCAGUACCUUAAGGGCUUCACAUACUACAAAAUGAAUAAUCUUGACACAAGAAUUGCCAAUGCAGAUCAACUCUUAACCCAAGAUGUGGACAAAUUUUGUGACUCAGUGACAGAAUUGUACUCUAAUAUUCUGAAGCCACUUCUAGAUAUUUUCAUUUAUGUGUAUCGACUUACGUCUGUUUUGGGAGGACAGACUCCAGCUACCAUGAUGGUUUAUUUGGUUGUGUCAGGAACAUUCCUGACUUAUCUACGUCGCCCUAUGGGUCGUAUGACAGCUGAAGAGCAAAAGCUUGAAGGAGAGUUCCGAUACAUUAACUCAAGACUUAUCACUAAUUCUGAAGAGAUUGCAUUCUACAACGGAAACAACCGUGAAAAACUCACUAUGCUUGUUUCUUUCAAAAGACUUGUUGACCAUCUUCGCAAUUGUUUAGAAUUCCGAACAGUUGUUGGUGUGGUGGACAACAUAGUAGCCAAAUAUUUUGCAACAGUAGUUGGAAUGAUAGCAUUCAGUAUUCCAUUUAUGAAUACUGAACAUGCUCAAUUGUCAAAAAUAGGACAAGAAGAAAGAUUCAGGUAUUACUACACCUAUGGAAGAAUGAUGGUAAAACUUGCUGAGGCCAUUGGGCGAUUAGUUCUCGCUGGCAGAGAAAUGACCCGCCUUGCUGGUUUUACAGCAAGAGUUACAGAACUCAUGAAUGUUUUGAAAGAUGUAAAUGAGGGUCAUUAUCAACGGACAAUGGUAACUGACAGUGCUGACAAAGAAGCUCCAGUGCAGCCUCUUAUUCCUGGAUCUGGUCGGAUGAUUUUCCAAGACAAUAUUAUUCGAUUUGACAAAGUCCCAUUGGUUACUCCCAAUGGCGAUAUUCUUGUAAAGGAGCUUUCAUUUGAAGUGAAGUCAGGAAUGAAUGUGUUGGUGUGUGGACCUAAUGGAUGUGGGAAGUCCUCCCUGUUCCGUAUCUUAGGAGAGCUUUGGCCAUUGUUUGGAGGUACUCUUACAAAGCCCCCUCGAGGAAAACUUUUCUACAUUCCUCAAAGACCAUACAUGACUUUGGGUUCAUUGAGGGACCAGGUUAUAUAUCCACAUACUCGUGAUGAGAUGCAACGCAGGGGUAAAACUGAUGCUGAUUUAACAAGACAUCUAGAACGAGUUCAGCUUUCCUACUUAUUAACUCGUGAAAAUGGAUGGGAUGCUGUUGCUGAUUGGAUUGAUGUUCUUUCUGGAGGAGAAAAGCAACGUAUUGCUAUGGCGCGCCUCUUCUACCAUGCUCCACAGUUUGCUAUACUUGAUGAAUGCACAAGUGCUGUGAGUGUCGAUGUGGAGGGUUCUAUGUAUGAUUACUGUCGGGAGGCAGGCAUUACUCUCUUCACUGUCAGCCACCGGCGGUCAUUAUGGAAACACCAUGAGUACUAUCUUCAAAUGGACGGACGUGGAGCCUUUGACUUCAAGAAAAUAGAGGCUGACACUGAAGAGUUUGGGUCAUGAACAAAACUUGCUUGUGAAGCUGCUUUUUAGAAAUUUGCAUGAUUAAGUUCAUUCAGCUACAUAUAAUUUGGGUUACUUCUCUAUUUUGUGAAUUUCCAGACAAUAUUCUUAGACAAAAUGUUUGUCAAUAAACUGUUCUGCUGUGUUACUGAUGUAGUGAUGUACGUUGUACUGAUGUCAUGUUUCUAGCUGCAUUUGCAAAUUUUAAGUCCAAUGCUUGAGUUCCAACAGAUGUACCUGAAAAUUUACUCAGUGUUGCUAUUGUGUAAAUAUUUCUGAAUCCUUCAGAUUUUGUAAAUCAAUUAGUGUUUUUAAAGUAAUUUUGUUAAGCUUAGCUGCAUAUUCAGUUACCUUACUUGCUGUGAAGUAUGAAUGGAAUCAAACCAGUGAAUAAGUUUUUGAUUAAUGCCUGUCUGGACUCGCUAAGAAGUAUUAUUGGAGUUUUGGUCAAAUGAAACUUUCAAUCUGAAGUUUUUGAUAAUUUUUUAUUGGUUUUGCAAUGGGAACUCAGGUCAGUGCAUCUAUCUUGUCUUUCAUAUUCUGUAGGGUGAAGAACUUAUCUACCUUUACCUGUUCAUUGACGAAGAAAAUAUUUUCUUUCUCCUUUUUUUCUUUUUGCUAUCUCUUGGUUCUAGAGAUUCCUAAAAAUUGUUGUGAUCCAUGCCCUUUUUUUAAUUUUUUAUUGAAUCAUUAUAGAUUUAGUCCCAAUACCUUUAAAAUUAAACAUUUAUAUUUGUUUAAUUUGUUGGUAGCUCUGACUCAAAGACUUUCCUAUUUGUGAUAAUCCAUUAUCAGAAAAAGAGAGCAUUUGUCACUGAAAUUUGAAUUAACGAAAAGGCCUACAUUUAAUUCUGUUAGGGGUGCAUGUUGUGAUGAUAAAUUUACUUAUUCAGUGAUAUAUUUAUGAUUUUUGUUGUAAAUAUUAUCCAAUGUUAUGUUAUGUUCUAUGAGUCUUCAGACAGUGCUGGCUCCUGUGUUUCUCUACUUGUUUCUUUUCCUUCCUUCUUAACGUGUAUUGGUUUACAGAUCCAAACCUUCUCAAUUUUGUUUAUUUAUUCAUCUAAUGGUUUUGAUAUAUUUUUUCUUUAAAAGUGAUUUCCUGCAAUCCUAUUUUUCUAAUUUGCUUUUAUACAUGGAAGAAGGGAUCCAUUGUUGUGAUAAUAUAAAAAAGGCAAACUUAUAUAAUUUUUUUUGUCUUAUUUUAUCUUGUUAUUUUAGGUUUGUGGAACAUUUGCUAAAGUUGUUGUCUGCUCAUGUUACAUAGCUAUAUCCAACUUCAAAUGAAACUGUGCUUGCUCAAAAUCUGCGCUCAGCACAACACACAAAUUUUUUGAUGCGUAGAGGCUUUUUUGGUGGAUGUAAAACAUAAUAUUCAAGAUGUUUUCACAGCCCUGGACCACCUUUACCUAUCUGUAAACGUAUCGAAUUCUGCUUUUGGCUAAACGCAGAUUUUGCACUGUCGUUGGUUUGUUUCUUGGUUGGAUAUUGCUUCUAAGUCUGUUUAAUACCUGUAAGUGUGAGGGGGACCAAUUUAAUGCAGCAGAAAAUAAAUAUUGUCCUCUUAAA